CUUCUGACCCUGCGAUGAGCCUGUUGUGCUUAUGCCUAUCCCUCUAUCUCUUUGCCAAUCGUGAUCGUGAUUUAGUAUGUUCUCCCGACGUACCCUGGUUGCCCUCGGGCUUGCGGCUACUGCCAGCGCCGGGCCCUGCGACAUCUACUCGGAGGGUGGGGUGCCCUGCAUUGCUGCGCACAGCACCACUCGUGCCCUGUACAGUGCCUUCAGUGGUGCCCUCUACCAGAUCCAGCGCGGCUCUGACGAUACCACGACCACCAUCUCACCACUAACUGCCGGUGGGGUUGCGGAUGCCGCUGCCCAGGACACUUUUUGUGCCAACACAACCUGCCUCAUCACGAUCAUCUAUGACCAGUCUGGCCACGGAAACCACCUCACCCAGGCUCCUCCUGGUGGCUUUGACGGCCCAGAUGUCGAUGGCUACGACAACCUGGCCAGUGCCAUCGGCGCUCCGGUCACUCUGAACGGCCAGAAGGCGUACGGCGUCUUCGUAUCGCCAGGCACCGGCUACCGCAUCGACGACGGCAACGGUACCGCCACCGGCGAUGAGCCGGAGGGCAUGUACGCUGUCCUCGAUGGCACCCACUACAACGGGGAGUGCUGCUUCGACUACGGCAACGCCGAGACCAGCAAUACCGACACCGGCGCCGGCCACAUGGAGGCCAUCUACUAUGGCAACAGCACAAGCUGGGGCUAUGGCGCGGGCGACGGCCCGUGGAUCAUGGUCGACAUGGAGAACAACCUGUUCUCCGGCGCCGACGAGGGAUACAACGCGGCCGACCCGUCGCUUUCUUACCGGUUCGUCACGGCCGCCGUCAAGGGAGGGCCUGACGAGUGGGCCAUCCGCGGUGCCAAUGCGGCCUCCGGCUCCCUCUCGACCUACUACAGCGGCGUGCGGCCCGACUACUCGGGUUACAACCCGAUGAGCAAAGAAGGGUCCAUCAUUCUGGGUAUCGGUGGUGACAACAGCAACGGCGCGCAGGGUACCUUCUAUGAGGGGGUGAUGACCACGGGCUACCCAUCCGACGACACCGAGAACUCCGUGCAGGCCAACAUCGUCGACGCCGGAUACGCCAUCACCUCUCUGGUCAGCGGACCGACCCUCACUGCCGGCGAGUCGAUCUCGCUGCGCGUCACCACUCCAGGCUACACGACGCGGUACAUCGCGCACACCGGCACGACCGUCAACACGCAGGUGAUCUCCUCUUCCAGCAGCACCGCGGACCAAGAGCUCGCCAGCUGGAAGGUGGUCACUGGUCUGGCCAACAGCGGAUGUUUCUCCUUCGAGUCCGUCGACACCCCCGGCAGUUAUAUCCGGCACUACGACUUCGACCUCCUGCUCAACGCCGAUGACGGCACCAAGCAGUUCUACGAAGACGCCACUUUCUGCCCUCAGGCCGCUCUCAACGGCGAGGGCACCUCUCUUCGCUCCUGGAGCUAUCCCACCCGGUACUUCCGCCACUAUGACGACGUGCUCUACGCCGCGAGCAACGGCGGAGUGCAGACAUUCGAUUCCAAGACCUCGUUCAAUGAUGACGUGAGCUUUGAAAUCUACACCGCGUUCGCGUGAGUUUGGGGUUGGCCUCCGGACAGCGGUUGCUAGGAGUGCGUUUCAUGAGUGUACAGACCCUUGUGGGCUGAUUGUGUUUGUAAAUAAUUGUAAAUAGGGCAAUGUUAAGCUGUUGGUAUAUUCCGCAAAUCAUUUCCGGUUCACUAUAGUUGAUUAGCGUGGGGAAGAAAAUGUUUGCCCUUGUGAGGUGACCCAGCGUCAUAAGAUACUUUGUUAUGGUUUCUUCCUCCCCCUGGCGCGGGGGCUAUCCGGGUCCUCCGGUCAUUUCCGCCGGUCCGUCCGUCAUGGGUUG